UUCCACGUCCCCGGCCGCGUCAUUCCAGGUACCUUCUCACCCGAGAAGCCCCUUCCCCUUGGAAACGGCCGCCGCGUCCUCCUAGGCAGCGCUCUCUGCCCCCGACCGGCACUGCAGGGCGCAUCGGGGCUUACGAAGUCAGUCCAGCCAUGGCCACUCCCUCUGCUGCCUUUGAGGCCCUUAUGAAUGGAGUGACAAGCUGGGACGUCCCUGAAGAUGCCAUCCCAUGUGAACUGCUUCUUAUUGGAGAGGCCUCCUUCCCGGUGAUGGUGAAUGACAUGGGCCAGGUCCUCGUUGCUGCCUCCUCCUACGGCCGAGGCCGCCUGGUGGUGGUGUCCCAUGAGGACUACUUGGUGGAAGCCCAGCUCGGUCCCUUUCUCCUCAACGCAGUGGGCUGGCUUUGUUCUUCCCCUGGGGCUCCCAUUGGCGUACACCCGUCUCUGGCACCCCUAGUCAAGAUCCUUGAGGGCUCUGGCAUGGAGGUGAAGAUUGAGCCGGAAGUGAAAGACUCCCUGGGGGUUUACUGUAUUGACGCCUACAAUGAAACCAUGAGUGAAAAGUUGGUCAAGUUUAUGAAACGUGGAGGGGGCUUGCUCAUCGGAGGCCAGGCCUGGGACUGGGCCAACCAGGGUGAUGAGGAGAGGGUUCUGUUCACGUUCCCAGGCAACCUCGUGACCAGUGUGGCCGGAGUGUACUUCACCGACAACAAAGGGGACACAAGUUUCUUUAAAGUCUCUAAGAAGAUGCCCAAGAUCCCAGUCUUAGUUAGUUGUGAAGAUGAUCUCUCCGAGGACAGAGAGGAGCUCCUGCACGGCGUAUCAGAGCUGGACAUCAGCAACUCGGAUUGUUUCCCGUCCCAGCUGCUGGUGCACGGGGCUUUGGCCUUUCCCCUGGGGUUAGAUUCCUACCACGGCUGUGUUAUAGCGGCUGCCCGCUAUGGCAAGGGCCGCGUGGUUGUGACUGGCCACAAGGUAUUAUUCACUGUUGGUAAACUGGGCCCCUUUCUGCUCAAUGCCGUGCGCUGGCUGGACGGGGGCCGCAGGGGCAAGAUCGUGGUGCAGACAGAACUGAGGACGCUGAGCGGCCUGCUUGCAGUAGGGGGCAUAGACGCCAGCAUUGAGCCCAAUCUGACCAGUGAUGCAAGUGUCUACUGCUUUGAACCUGUGAGUGAUGUGGGGGUCAAAGAGCUGCAGGAGUUUGUAGCAGAGGGUGGGGGCCUGUUUGUGGGAGCCCAAGCCUGGUGGUGGGCCUUCAAGAACCCCGGAGUGUCCCCUUUGGCUCGGUUCCCAGGGAACCUCCUCCUCAACCCCUUUGGCAUCAGCAUCACAAGCCAAAGCCUCAAUCCAGGGCCCUUUCGUACUCCCAAAGCAGGGAUAAGGACCUAUCACUUCCGCUCCACCCUGGCUGAGUUCCAGGUCAUCAUGGGCAGGAAGAGAGGGAACGUGGAGAAGGGCUGGCUGGCCAAGCUGGGGCCGGAUGGCGCGGCCUUCCUGCAGAUACCCGCAGAAGAGAUCCCUGCAUACAUGUCUGUGCACCGGCUCCUGAGGAAGCUGCUAAGUCGCUACCGGCUCCCCGUAGCCACCCGGGAGAACCCGGUGAUCAACGACUGCUGCAGGGGCGCUAUGCUCUCCCUGGCCACUGGUCUGGCCCACUCUGGAAGUGACCUGUCUCUGCUAGUCCCAGAAAUUGAUGACAUGUACAGCAGCCCCUACCUGCGCCCCUCAGAAUCUCCUAUCACUGUUGAAGUCAACUGCAACAAUCCAGGCACCAGAUACUGCUGGAUGAGCACCGGGCUCUACAUACCUGGAAGGCAAAUUAUAGAGGUGUCACUGCCUGAAGCUGUUGCCUCUGCUGACCUGAAGGUACAGAUUGGCUGCCACACUGAUGACCUGACCAGGGCCAGCAAGCUGUUCCGAGGCCCACUCGUGAUUAACCGGUGCUGCUUGGACAAGCCCACGAAAUCCAUCACCUGCCUGUGGGGCGGCCUCCUCUACAUCAUUGUGCCUCAGAGCAGCAAACUGGGUUCCGUGCCUGUCACUGUGAAAGGGGCCGUGCAUGCUCCAUACUACAAGCUGGGGGAGACAUCCCAGGAGGAGUGGAAGAGGCGGGUCCAGGAGAAUCCGGGUCCCUGGGGAGAGCUGGCCACAGACAACGUCAUCCUGACGGUGCCAACUGCAAACCUGCGGGCCCUGGAGGAGCCCGAGCCGCUGCUCCGCCUCUGGGACGACGUGAUGCGGGCUGUGGCCCGGCUGGGGGCCGAGCCCUUCCCCCUGCGCCUGCCUCAGAGGAUCGUCGCCGACGUGCAGAUCUCAGUGGGCUGGAUGCAUGCAGGGUAUCCUAUCAUGUGCCAUCUGGAAUCUGUGCAGGAGCUCAUCAAUGAGAAACUCAUCAGAACCAAGGGGCUGUGGGGCCCUGUCCAUGAGCUUGGCCGCAACCAGCAGAGGCAGGAGUGGGAAUUCCCACCGCACACCACCGAGGCCACCUGCAACCUGUGGUGUGUUUACGUGCAUGAAACCGUCCUGGGCAUUCCUCGAGGCCGUGCCAAUAUUGCUCUGUGGCCCCCAGUUCGGGAGAAAAGAGUCAGAAUCUACUUGGGCAAGGGUCCCAAUGUGAAAAACUGGAAUGCGUGGACUGCACUGGAAACGUAUUUACAGCUACAAGAGGCUUUUGGUUGGGAGCCGUUCAUCCGUCUCUUCACCGAGUACAGGAACCAGACCAACCUGCCCACAGACAACGUUGACAAAAUGAAUCUGUGGGUGAAGAUGUUCUCCCACCAAGUGCAGAAGAAUCUGGCUCCAUUCUUUGAGGCCUGGGCCUGGCCUAUCCAGAAGGAAGUGGCUACCAGCCUGGCCUAUCUGCCUGAAUGGAAGGAAAAUAUUAUGAAAUUAUACCUCCUCACACAGAUGUAAGGAGUGCCCAGCGAGGUGGCAGGCCCCACUGAAACUGAAGUCAAGAAAUACAAAAGAGAAUUGACACAUCUCAGCAAAGACAACUGAAUGGAUUUGGUUAUAAACGAAGAUCUCAACACAUUUCUGGAGGAGAGAAACUGGAUGAAGCAUGAUAGUGGAUGGAACAGUGAAGGUGUCUUUCAGGCAGAAUAUAAGCUGAUCCAAACAGCACACCCCAAAGAGACUUGGGCAUAUGAAAAGUCUAUCUACAUAGAGAAUUAUUCUAGCUAUAAAAUUAACCCCAUCGCAUUCUACCCCAAUCCUUGUGCACAGAACAUAGGCAGUCUACUAUUGGUACCAGUUUAAAAUCUGUUGUCAUUGUUGCUGUUUGUAUAAAGGAGUUAAGUAAAUUGCCCGUGGAGAGGUAGGAGUUGGUGCUUCAGAACAGCAUUUCUCUUUUUUGUGGAAAUAAGUGACUCCCCACCCCCAGCCUAUCAGCUAACUCUCUGACAGUUGAAACCCCUCCUCCAAGUACUCAUGUGCUUCCAGUCACAGAAGAGGCUUAUUAGAGAAAAAGACUGAACCCUACAAUGGCAGAAGAAACCCACACCAACUCCUAUAAAAGUCAACAGUUAUAUAUUGAUUCUUAAAAGCAAAUGGUCAGCUAGGAAUCCCCUAGACACUGGGCAUCAGGGUGAGGAGGGAGGGAACCAGGGGAGAAGCAUGUAAGAAAAGUAACCAAUUAGAAUUAGGAGAUUUGAAAACACACAAAAACUCCAGAGGAAAACAAAGUUAACAUGGAAAAAAUCUUACUAUAUCUUCAGAGAGAUUUGAAGUAUAUUUGUAAGAUGAACACAAAGAAGGGGAAAACUCUGAGAAUAAAAAGCCCACUGAAAGUGAAAUAAGACUGCCAAAAAUAUUCAGUAGACAGGCUAGGAAAUAGAGGCUAGAGAAACCUCCCAGAUACAAAGCAAGGAGAAACAGCAGAAAAUAUGAAGAAAGAGACAAAGACGAUCAACAUCUACCCAUUAGGAGCUUCUGAAAGAGAACAUAUGAAAUAUAGGUAAAGAACUAAAAGAUAAAGGAUUGAAGACCAGAAAGAACUAAGUCUUGAGAUUGGGGGCCUCUGAUGUAACCUGUAUCUAGACACAAUCUUGUGAAAUUUUGGAGUAUUUAAGGAUAGAGGGAAGACAUUAAAAGUGCCCAGAGAGAAAAUAAAAUGAGGUCAUCAUAAAGGGCUCAACUAAAAAGGUGAGAAAUUGACUUCAAGCAGAUUUUUCAUCAAUGACACUGAAUGCUAGGAGCCUAUGGGGCCAUGUCUUCAUGUAUGGCAAAUGCUUGUACCCAGGAUUCCAUAGCAAGCCAAACUGUCAAGAGCAAAGUCAAAAUGAAGACCUUCUCUGACAAGCAGGAUCCCAGAAAGCCUACCUCCUUUGCACCCUUACUGAGGAAGUACCUUGAGGUUCUCCAGUGAAAUGGCAAGAAAAUCAGAAAGAGGAAGAAAUGCAGUCCAGAAACAAUGGCCCUCACCCAGGAUGUCUCACUCUAGAGUGGCAGUUACCUGGCAACCCCUUUCCCCUCUCCCAGAGUGCAGUCUCGGGCUCUCUGGGAAGAAUACGCAUUCUGUGCCAUAGGUAGUAUCAUGGAGAAGCUGGAAUAUAUGAGGACAUGGAGGACAUAUGUUCUUUAGUCAACAAAAAGGAAAAGAAAACAAAAAUAUGUCAAGAAAUUCAGGUCCAAUUACAAAACAACAGAAAAUACUUGUGGGAUGUAAGAAGAGACCCAAUUUGACAUUGGUGGUGGGUAUAGUUUCUUUCAAGCAGCACAGGCAUCAUGACAUUGGAUAUACAUGAAAGGAAAUAUGCUAACUUCUAUUUGGCUCUCAGUAAUAUUUAUGUAGCCAAAAUAAUAUAAAAGCUAUUUAUCGGCAUUCGAUGUUCUGAUGAGCCUACAGACAAAACAUGAAAGGCUUAAUUUUUUAUUCAGAACUGAAAUGGAAAGUAAUCAAUCCUGACAAAUUAAGGAAAAAAAGAGCAGAAAGAGGCUGGGGAUUAGUUGAGGGAAAGAAGAAUAGGGCUAUUUACAUAGUGAAAAUGGGGAUGAAAAGUUAUAUGAAGUCCACAGGUAAUGAAGAAACUAGAGGAUGUGUAUCCUGUUCCAAGCUGUAAAUGAAGCCAGUAAGAGUGUGAAAAAUGACAUACCUAUCAAAAAAUUGGGGAGAGGAUAGGCAAAGGAAAGGUGGGGACAGUGUAAGUUAAAUCCUUAUCUUUUGUAAUGGGGAAUUAUUAAAGAUGUCUAAAGUUGAUAAGUCAAGAAAUUAUUGUUCAAACAUAUUAUUUAAUGUUAGGAAGUUAGUUAAGAGAAGAUCUAAAAAAUAGAAAUUGUUAAAUGCAUCACCACUAGGGAAUGGGACCGGGGCUUAAAAGGGUGUGGUGGGAAAUCGUGUUUCAUUUUGAGUCCUGUGCUAUUUAAUUUUUUACCUUGUGCAUGUAUUACUUUGAAAAAUUUUUAAUAAACUCAAAUAAAAAUC